AUACACAUGAGUUGGCAGCCGGUCUGAGCUGACCCAUAGACUCGUAAAAACCAACAGGGCCUCAGCACCCUCGCCUGGGAUACCCAAACUCUUGGACCAAAGGUGCAAAGUCUUGCCCACAUCAAGGAUCUGGCUGCUUUCUUGGGGACCAAGAGAUUGGGUUUUUGUUUCUACGCUUACUCUGGCAAUCCAUGAGGUUUAAUGAAUUACGUGGGGACACCGGCCAUAUAAAAACACAAGCAGGCACUCAGUCUCGGACCAGUCAACCACGGAGUUGGAAUUCAGGUCUGACCCAGGACCACGGGUUCCAAGGCGAGAGACUCUGGGGCACCUGCACGUACUCUCCAGAGCUGAGACAUGCUGACAUUUCCUAAAUACCUGAAGUUGCAAUGACAAAGAACAACAAGGAAGCAGUAUUGAAAGUACACACAGAAUAAGCGUCCAGCUUCCAAAGCAUAGGUUUCCGACUCCAAGGCAAAUGCACGCCGGCACCAGAGACUGAUCAGAGUGCUGACAGAAAGAAUGUUCAAACAUCUUCGGAAAUGGUUCGUCACUCACUUCUUUGGGCAUUCUCGACAAAGAGCGAGGCUGGUCUCCAAAGAUGGAAGGUGCAACAUCGAGUUUGGCAACGUCGAGGCACAGUCGAGGUUCAUAUUCUUUGUGGACAUCUGGACGACUGUGCUUGACCUCAAAUGGAGAUACAAAAUGACCAUCUUCAUUACAGCCUUCUUGGGGAGUUGGUUCCUCUUUGGUCUUCUGUGGUAUGCGGUAGCCUACAUUCACAAAGAUCUCCCUGAGUUCCAUCCUUCUGUCAACCACACCCCCUGUGUGGAGAACAUUAAUGGCUUGACCUCAGCUUUUCUGUUUUCUCUGGAAACACAAGUGACCAUUGGAUAUGGAUUCAGGUGUGUGACAGAACAAUGUGGCACUGCCAUUUUUCUCCUUAUCUUCCAGUCUAUACUUGGAGUCAUCAUCAAUUCUUUCAUGUGUGGUGCCAUUUUAGCCAAGAUCUCCAGACCCAAAAAACGUGCCAAGACCAUUACAUUCAGCAAGAAUGCGGUGAUCAGUAAGCGGGGUGGGAAGCUCUGUCUUCUAAUCCGAGUGGCUAAUCUUAGGAAGAGCCUCCUUAUUGGGAGUCACAUAUAUGGAAAGCUUCUGAAGACCACCGUCACUCCUGAAGGAGAGACCAUUAUUCUGGACCAGAUCAACAUCAAUUUUGUAGUUGACGCAGGGAACGAAAAUUUAUUCUUCAUCUCCCCACUGACAAUUUACCAUGUCAUUGAUCCAAACAGCCCCUUCUUCCACAUGGCAGCAGAAACCCUUCCCCAGCAAGACUUUGAAUUAGUGGUGUUUUUAGAUGGCACAGUGGAAUCAACUAGUGCUACCUGCCAAGUCCGGACGUCCUACGUCCCAGAAGAGGUGCUCUGGGGCUACCGCUUUGCUCCCAUAGUAUCCAAGACAAAGGAAGGGAAAUACCGAGUGGAUUUCCAUAACUUUAGCAAGACAGUGGAAGUGGAGACACCUCACUGUGCCAUGUGCCUUUAUAAUGAGAAAGAUACUAGAGCCAGGAUGAAGAGAGGCUAUGACAAUCCCAACUUCGUCUUAUCAGAAGUCAAUGAAACAGAUGACACCAAAAUGUGACAGUGGCUUUUCAACAGGAGUAAUGGAAAGUCUUGAAGAUACCCAGUGACUAGAAGUAUGACGAAGUGAUAGAAAAUUUGAGGGUAUGAAAUUAAGACAAGAGCCUUCAACGUCUACCAGCACCAUGCCCCUGAACUCCAUAGCCAUGAUCUUGCAAGACACAUAGCUCUACAAGGCACCUGCAUUAGAACAUGCAAUAUAUUUCUAGAAAACUGCAAUAUGGAAGCCAUAGGAAUUCACUUGGAAUCUUGAAUAUGAUUAUUUGAAAUCAUGCAAUGUUGAUAGAAACGGACAAAAUCAUCGACAGUUUCAUGGACAGGACAAAAAAGAUCUUAAAAUUCUCUUUGAAGAAGUUAUGAGCUUUAGAUAGGAUCAGAAUUCUUAUUUAGAUUCUACUGAUAAAAAAUAAGCCACUUUUAACAUUGGCUUUCAUCAAAGAAAAAAAAAACAGUCUCCUGAGGAUGGAGAGAAUGAACUAAUCGAAGAUGGCAAGAAAAGACUGAUACUCAAGGAACAUCUGAGGCUCUGAGCUUCUCCAGCCCUGGUUGUUGGAGCUUUGGUCCUAGUCUGGGUCAUGCUGUGUUUACUGAAGAUCAAGGGGAGGCUGAGUCCACGGACUCUCCAUCUCUAUGUAUCCAACGUGGGGAGGAGCGCUGAGCUCCAUCUACUUUCUGGCCCCGCCAGACACUGCAGCCCAAGUUCGGUUUGGGCCCAAACGAUCUCACGUGGUAUGUUUAGACAGAGGCUAAAUCACCACUCUAGAAUCUCAAUGAACACCUUCCUGCAAGGAAGAAUGCUUGAUUUGAAAAUGGUGAUGUUAUUUCUUCCAGUUUGUGUGAGGUGGGGUAAGGGACUAUGAAUUGGGGUGAAAGAGUAUUUCCUGAUCUUCCAAGAAGGCAGUGAAGAGUUUGAAGGAGCAGCGUCAGGGUAGAAGGGACAGUACCGCCAAUGCUUCUGAGAAAAAGAAAAAAGUAUCUUGUGUUCUUUUGCCUCGAGUUUGUACCGAAAUGCUGUUUCUAAAGGAGACGCGUGGGAUGGGCUGUGACCCCACAGUGAGGAAAACACGAGGUCUCCCUUCCUCAAAGGGACCAACUGAACAUAAAGACGGAUCUGUAGAGAAAGAUUUUACUGUGAAUGUCUCUUUCAGGGCUCCUCUGCAUUAUUGUGAAUAUAUUCUGGAAGGAAUGGUACUCAAAGCUGCUUAGGAGUCAAAACGUUCCCGGUGUGUUGAUUGAUCUAUUAAAUCUCUGAAACUGUG